GAAUACCAAAUUUCACGCUUGUAGUUGCUUUUUUGAAAAAUUUUUGAACCUAAAACCAAAUAUGAAUUUGAGCUACUUAACGACCUGAACAACCAGAUAGUCCAUGGCCUCGACCCAAACUGGCACUGAAGUUAAAAAAAAAAAAAACAUAUGAUACCGUCAAUCAUUUUGUGUAACUGUCGAGCUUCGAAGUUACAUUACCGCCGGUGUGGCAGCGGUAUUCCAUGGGCUAACUGCGUGGUCGACAAUUAUCGGUAGAGUUUCGAGUUGAAACUUCCAAACUUCGUGAGACUAAACAAGGGGCUCUGCAGGGAAUGGAUAUCGUCUGCUUUCUUCUGUUUAAUUUUUACAUCUCGAAGCUCCCUCCUCCACCAGUGAUUGAUCUCAUAAGACGAUGACUGUGUGAUAUUGGCGUCUGGCUAGGAUAUUGAUGACUUAUGUUACUGGCACACGAAACAGAAUCUCAUCUAAACAUAAGAAAACUUGGACUCGUUUACAUCGGCUCUAUUGGUAUAGUCUCAUAGACAAAAACCGCUCGACAACACAGCGUACGGAAAGGCUUUAAACGCCAUUCAACGAGUGUCCGUCAACAACUCUCUGCUUGUAAAUGACUCCCGGAGACCAAGCUCAAGAUGUCUAGAUCUGAAUUUCCUAUUUAUCCAAACAUUAGAUCGACAUACCUGUACGUAAAAAUGCAAUGCAUGCAGUAAGACCACGCACGCGAUUUACCAUCUCUUUGCAUGCUACCUAAAACAAAUUCAUUUAAUCUCUAGUCCGAACCCGUUGAAACAGUGCGGUUCCUGGACAUCUCAUUAGAUGAGAUUGAUGGGCUGGAUACACAAAGAAGCUCGAUUUAUCGAUACCACCUGAUUUGAGGAGGAAAAAACCUCCUGGGACCGAAUUACUAUCUGCAAAUCGCGUCUGAAUCGGAACAAAAUCGACCCAUUUCUGAAAUAAACGUUGACUAGUGACGAGAAAAGGAUCACUUACAGUAACGUCAAAUGAAAGGGACCGUGGUAGAAGAGUAGUGAACCACCAUAAACGGUCUCCAAGCCAAAAUUUAUAGCCAAAAAUGUUAUUGUUGUAGCCGCAAACAAAUUCUCCAAAGUAGUUUUUGGGGAAUGUUGCAGUGAUGACAGUCAUUGGCCCGUUUAAAAAUCCGGCUCUUUCCGGUAUAAAGGCCCGACUGUCGCGCGAACUUUUGGGUUUUAGUCGCCUCUGACGACAGGCAUGCCUUACCGCGGAAAAUUCUUAAGCCCCUACCCCGCAAGGGUAACAGCCCAGAAGGUUUUGUUUUGUGUUUAGUAGGGUUCGCAAGAAAACAUCCACUUUUAAUUUGGACCUGUACUGUAAGCAAUAGAACUGUGUGAAGCCCAGCUUUGAUCCACAGUAGGGGGGGGGAAUUGUGUUUCAUCAGAACAAACCAAAGCUCCGAGAACUUGGUUGAGAGGCUCUUAUGCAUUCACCCUGUAUUCCGGACCUCACCCAAAGUGAUGGUUCCUGUGGAUGACGAAUGCAUUGGCUGGUGAAAAAUUGGUUUCAUGAAAGAGACCUAAUAAAUACAUAUAUACAAUGCCAUUUUCAUGAGAGGUAUAAAAAUUACCGCUACACAUGCUCGUGGAAGGGUGCACAAUCGAAUAAAAAUAGAUAGAUACUUCAGAACUUUUUAUUUUUAAUUACUCGAGAAAAAUCGUAUUCAGCAGCUACUUGCACUUUUUAUACUUAUACAUACAUGUGUAUGUGCAUAUGUUUAUAAAGAACUGCAGUACUUAGCUACAAAAGGGCGGGUUUUCAUUUACAAAACAAAAAAAACAUGGCAUGGCAUGGCCGUAAGCAUUAUCGCCAACACGCAUCAGUGCACUCUUUUUUUUUUUUGUUUUUUUUUUUUUCUCGUAGCGUUAAAGACUUAUUUUGUGGCUACAAAGACCGGUGAAAAGUCAAAAUAACUAUUACACAUAACUCUUACGUUUAUUAUAUAUACAUACAUACAUAUAUAACUACUCAAGAGCAUAAAGAGGUAGCAAGAAAGAAGUACAUGAGUCAUGCCCCAGUUGAUUGUGGUACGGGCGGAGUGGAGUGUAGCUCUUCUACUCAUAUUUAUGAACAUAUCUAUAUAUGUAUGUAUGUAUGCUGGUCUGGUAUCACUAGCAUUUCUUCUCCAUUUGUGGUUGUUUGUUGUUGAUGAUUUUCCAUUGUUGGGGUGUUGGCAUUGUAAUGUGAAGUUUAAUUUUAAUGCUACUCAGUAGCUAACGUUGAUACUGCCAGCGAAGCAGUGGCCGCGCCGCGUGAGAAUAGAAAAAGAAAAGCGAGAAAUAUAUAUUGAAAAUGAUUCUUUGCUAUUAUUGACACUUUUGUUAGUUUUGACAUUGAAAUUCAUUAUUAUUUAUUACGUAGUGUAAUUAACGUUUAUUUGUUGAAUUUAUCAUUUUCAUACUUUUUUUUUGUUUUGUAAAUUUCUUCAACAUCAUCUUCGUCAUUUGAUGAUCUUCAGUUGGUGGCACAGUAUUUAAUUUCCAUUGUGUUGCUGCGUGUACAUACAUACAGUCGGACAGACAGACAGACAGACUAGCAUUCGAAGUGCAUUCAAUCUGUCGCUCGUCCCACAGUAGCGAGCGUGUGAGCGUUCAGACAGACCACCAGCAGCCGCCAGACAGCCAGCCACCAGCCACCAGUCACAGGGCAACCAGGCUUGCUUGUCUGCUGCUUUGCCAUUCCGUUUGGUUUGCUUGUUGUGUGCGAACGCGUAUAAAAUUUUUUAGCGCUGCUCUGAUGUUUAUUUGAUGUUAACCGGAAGAAAUGUGUCAAUUCACGUACAAAAACAAUAGCUGCAUUGAACAGCAACAGUGCCGGCAAAACGUUUAAGGCCCAACGCCGCAAAUAAGUUUCAAAAAAAAAAAAAAUAAAAAAAAAAAUAAUCACCAGAGAAAAAAGUGCUGGAAGUUUAAGCGUAACAAUUAACUAAAAUACAUAUUACGGUCUUGGAACAGCAAGUAAUAUAUAAUCAAACAUACCUACGCGUGUGUAUGUGUGUGCUAGAAAUUGUUAGUUAGCAAUUAAAGGCCUCUACAAACGACACCGACUAGAAGCGACGCAUAUAAAACAUACAUAAAUACAUACAUACAUACAAAGGAAUAAUAAUAAUUAUGAUUAUUACAAUGCAAAAAUUGCAGCCGAAACAACAACAGACAACUAAAAGCGUGUUCGCCAUUAAAACAUUAAUUAGCUGUAGCACGUUAUGCCUACUGCUGCUAGUAAUAGUGCUGCCGCCCGUUGCCGUGCACGCUUGGAUGCCCGAUGUGCGCCCAGAUUUGCAACCGAAGCAAGAUAAAAUCAUUGCCAAGUUCCUGGGCAAUAGCACGGAUUAUUUGAAAAUUCUGGCCUAUGACGAUGCCACCAUACUGGUUGGCGCUAAAGACGUUAUGUACAACAUCAGCUUGGAUGGUUUACGUGAAAUCAGCCGCCUGGAAUGGUUCUCAUCAGAUGCUGAUCGCGAAUUGUGCGCACUGAAGGGUAAACAUGAAACCGAUUGCCACAAUUACAUACGGGUUUUUGCACGCCUCGAUGAUGCGCAAAUCCUAUUGUGUGGCACCAAUUCAUAUAAGCCGCGUUGUCGCCAUUACACCCCGGCGACAAGUGAACUAAGCGCUGCUACUGGUUCUGGUCAACAGCGUUAUGAGAUUGCGCGCGAUGUGGAGGCGCAAGGUCUUUGCCCAUAUAGUCCGGCUCAUAAUAGUACCUACGCCUUUGCGGAGGGUCAACUGUAUAGCGCUACUGUUGCCGAUUUUUCCGGCAGUGAUCCGUUGAUAUAUCGCGAGAAUUUGCGUACGGAGCAAUACGACUUGAAACAGUUAAAUCAGCCAGAUUUCGUGGGCGCUGUGGAGCGUGAUGGUUAUGUAAUGUUCUUCUUUCGCGAAAUCUCAAUGGAGUUCAUGAAUUUCGGCAAGACAAUUUACUCGCGUGUGGCACGCGUUUGUAAGAACGAUCGCGGCGGCCCCUACACACUAUCCAAAAGUUGGACAUCAUUUUUGAAAGCUCGUCUAAAUUGCUCAGUGCCUGGUGAAUUUCCAUUUUAUUUUGAUGAAAUACAGGCCAUCACACCGAUUGUCGAAAGCGGUCCGAAUUCUCUCAUCUAUGCCGUUUUCACCACAUCCGUUAAUGCCAUACCCGGUUCGGCUGUUUGCGCUUUCAAUGUGAACGACAUAAUGGACGCUUUUGAGGGCAGUUUCAAAUCACAAAAAGAUAGUCAAUCACAGUGGCUACCCAUACAGGAUGAACAGGUGCCCGAACCGCGUCCGGGCAAAUGUGUUGAGGACUCACGUAUGCUAUCUAGCAUUGCGGUAAAUUUUGCCAAGAAUCAUCCAUUAAUGGAGACUGCUGUACCCUCAGUUUACGGCCGUCCGCUACUCACCAAAGUCAAUUUACAUCAUCGACUCACUACAAUCGCUAUUGAUGCACAAAUUAUGGCGCUGAAUGGCGAAUACUAUGAUGUCAUCUAUUCCGGCACAGAUGAUGGUCGGAUAACGAAAUUUUUCAAUAUACCAACACCCAGCCAAGCCGCCGCCGGUGCCGGUGUGGACAAAUUAAAGACUGUUUUAAUAUCCGAAAUGCAAGUAUUACCGCCGGGCGUGGCUGUGCGUGAGCUUGUUGCAUCAGCGAAAAACAACCGUCUGUUGGUGGUUAGUGAUGGCAGUCUCAUCACAGUGCCAUUACAUCACUGUGCACACAUAGUUGACUGUUUGGGUUGCCUGAGUUUACAGGACCCGAAUUGCGCUUGGGAUCAACAGAAUCAUGAGUGUAAAAGUCUCACGGCUAAUAAUUUGAAAUUCGGCACAAAAGCAUUCCUACAAAGUCUUAAUACCACAAAGAAAGCUGCUGCUGCACUAUGUCCGAAAUAUACACGCGGCACACUAAUGGCUGAUGGUCCAAAUGUUGGUGGUGGUAUUGUUGCUAGUGCCGGCAUUGAUUUGGUUACGGCGCAACAACCGCAAGCCGAUGAGGAUGUGAGCAUCAAGAAGUUCCACUACACAAAAGUCAGUGCCAGCAGUAGUGGUGUACCUGGUGUGAGUACGGCGGCUUCGGAGAGUAGCGUUUCUGUGGCGGCGGUGCCAAGCGGCAGCGGUGGCGAUUUGGAUGCUAGUACAGGCGCUGGCAAUGAUUAUUUGCUUAACAGCUUUAGUGAUGAAAAUAAAAUUACGCUGCAUUCAGUGGAUCCCGAUGAGCUGAUGAACUCGCUAAGUCAUCCCCAGCACGCACAACCUGACAUCAACGACAAGCAACUAAAGGUCGCCGGCAAGAGUUUGUGUUGGUCACUCUCUUUAAUCGCUUUCCUUAUUGGCAUAAUCGUAGGCUAUUAUACAUCGAAACGUAUGUGUAAGGCAACAUCACUACAUGCAAAUCAUCGCAAUCAAUUCACUUCGAACUCACAAUUCGCCGUAAAGCAUCAUAAUACCGGCAAAGAUAUUAAUCUACUAAUGAAUCCGAACCAAUUUUGUAAUCAGAAAAAGCCCAAUCUCGAUUUAGAGAAAGAUCGUAGUCAUGAAUGUAAGAAUUCUACAGAGAAUCUUGAAAAGGAAAUACCCUGCAAGACGUCCACGUUAACGAAGGUUAAACGCACAUAUAUAUAAUCUCUAGCUUAUUGGCAGUGCAUUGCAAAGCAUUGUGUUGCAUUUAAACAAAACAAAAAAAAACUAGUGGAAUUUUUUUAGGUUAUUUUAUAUUUAAUUUUUUUUCUGGUGUAAAAGAAAUGUGUUUUUUUUUUUGCGAGAAUUUGCAUGCAUGCUAGUGUGUACGUGUGCGUGUGUGUGGUUGAGCAUGUGUGAGGUCUGACUGUUGCUAUUAGUUUAGGUGAAAUUAAAAAAUUUACGAAAGAGGUUUUUCUGCAUUACAGGUAUAUACAUACAUAUGUAAACUUUAACCGUCUAAAUAAGCAGGCAUGUAAAGCUAAGUGCUUAAGCGGGCUAUGGUGCGCGCAUAAAAUUAAAAAAAAAAAAGCUUAACGAACUCAAUUCGUUUUUAAUGAAAUUGCGUGAUUUUCCUUUUGCUUUUCUUUUGUAAGCAGCAGCUGUGACGCGUUAUUCUUAAAGCGUUACAUUUGCUGCAUGACGCAUACGCGCCCGCCCGCUGUACGCAUAGCUAAUGUCAAUGCGAGUCUUAAUUUUUAUUAUAAUAUAUAUAUAUAUAAAUAUUUGUAUUUUUUAUUUUUAGUCGCUUAGUUUAGUUUAAGUUUAGUUAAUUAAUGUGAGUUUAUCGCGCGCGUUGAGUGGAGAUUUAAUAUAAAUUUCUACAAGCACAUUACAUACAUAUGUAUGUAUAAUAACAAUUAAGUACAAAUAUAAAUGCUUGGCAGCCGUUUGAGGGUAUAUUGUUAUGUGUGCAUGUGUGCUUUCGGUGUUCGGUGAAAAGUAGCCACAGCGCUUCAAGUGAUUAAUUACCAAGUGAAGCUUGUGUGGUUACAAAGCUUUUCUUUCUAAGAAAAGGAAACCAUUUCCCAUGGCAACUUUUUUUUUUGUUUGCCCACUAAAUAUAAUUUACUAAAACCGCAACACAUGCACUGUGUAUACCUUCUUGUCUCUGCCCUCUACUACUCUGCCUAUGUACAAACAUAUCGAAUAUCUUUACAAUUUACGAGUAUACUACACCGUUAAGUGAUUGAAAUUGUUUUGCUUGUUUUUUUUUUUAACAAAAACAAAAUGCAUGUAAAUCAAGGCUAUGCAGAAGGGUUUGGUGUUUGGUAUGGUUAAAGCAAUUUGAGGUCAACUUCUCAACUUCUUUUUUUUUUUUUUGGCUACGAAGUUGAAGUUGAGUGUCAACUCAAACAAACUGAGGAAACACUGCAGUCAGAAAUACCGAUUGCUGUAAUACAUACAGACAAGCAAGAGUACGAAACGCACAAACUAUGUACAAUUGCGGUAAAAGUAAUAGCAAUAAUAACAUUUAAUAACAGUAAAUAAUAAUAAUUGCAUAAGGCAAACAAGUAUUAAUAUAAUUAGACUGAAUGCGAACAAAACAAAACAAAAAAAGCAAUAUGACAAUGUCAAAUAAUUUUCUAAAUUUAUAGCGAGUAAACCAUUUGUAUGAGUGGUUGUGUGUGGGUGCUGUUGUGACUAAAUGGCAAGUAGUACGCGUAUAAUUGUAAACCAUUGUCUGCUUAGAUUGCGGUUUUUUUUUUUAUUUUUUAAUUUUGUUUUUCUAUUUUUCUGCAAAGCCAGUAGCUGCUAUAUGUGCGUCACUACUACUUCUUUAUUUUAUCUUCCAACAUAAACAUGCACUUUGAUCAUCUUCAACUUUGAUAACUGUCGCGGCGCACACACACCCACUCACAACUGGCGCACAUUUUUUUCUUUUGUUCGUGUGACAUUCAUGCAUGUCGGCAAAAACAUCUUUUAUUCGCAACAUUUUUCUACUCGCCUACCAACUAACCGUCAUUGUACUUUAACACUUUCACUGCAAUGCUUUUUUUUGCAUAUUUCAUUUUUAAUUUUAUUUUAUUUUUUUUGCUAUCUCCAUCUCUACAUACAUUCCCAAUUGUGGGUCUUGCGUCUGUUGUCUGUCCAUUUGUGUCAAACACAAACAACACACUUGAGACAAUUGUAUUAUUCUACUAUUUGUUGAAUGCCUAAUAAUGUGUGUGGAAGGUCAGUACACCGCAGGAAAAUGCAAUAAGUACGCUUUAUAACAAUUUUGAUGCGUAGAAUGGAAAGUGUAAUAGUGAAAGUAAUUUCUUUUUCGAAAUUAUUGUUUGUAUAUUUUUUUUUUACAUUAAAACUAGUAGAGAAUCUAAAUUAAAAGCGAAAUUUUUCGACAAAAUAGCGGUAUUAUGUAACGGUUUAUUGAAAAUAUAAAUAUUUUUCUGCCUAAAAGCGAAUUCAAUUGUUUUUGCUUCAUUUGCUGAGUUCAAAUUGAUACAGAAAUAUAAAAAAUAAAUUUUAAAUGGUGUAAUUUAAAUUUGAAUACCAAAAUUUUGGUGUCAAAAUUUUGUUCUCAUUGUUAAAAAUUUUAAAUUUUUAGUUACAUAAAGCAAAUUGCUAUACUUUCACUUCUACCGAAAAUCAAAAUCAACUUUUUACGAUAUUUUAAACUCUAUUACUAAGUUAAUUCGGCUAAUUUCAAUUUUUCCAAACCAGUAUUUGCAGCUUUUUUGUAAAGUCUCUGCACUUUUUUGUAACAGCCAAACUUUUUUAGACUUUAUUUAAUACAAAAUUAAACUCAAAUCCAAUUUUCCUGCCGUGUACGAUCUUUUCAUCUCUAAAAUUUUUACACAUAUAUCAUUUUUUACUAGAACACCGCUCGCUCCACAUUCAUUGGAUACAUCAUAGUUUGCAUAGUUUUCUCAAGUAACUCGAACAAUUUUCAAAACAAAACUCAUAUAUUAACUAAUAAAUCGCUAAUCAACUAAAACUAAACAAAUAGCCAUAAAAAAGAAAUUAAUUAAUAACAUACAAAACCGUGAAAGAAGCUCAAUUAGUUAGGUAUUGAAUUGGUAAACAUAUGUAUUAUGUAAGUUAA